GCCACACCAACAAAACACGUGUGGAGUGCGGUUGCCGCACAUUUAUUGUUCUCCGUUUUUACCUUUAAUUAACUUGAGAAAAAAGGAAAAAACGAUCAUCCAAAAUGAGUACUGCGUUGGCACAGCAGCUGCAGAAACUGGCUGCGCCGCAGUCGUCGGUAACUUUGGCAGAUGCACGAAGUCGCGCCUCCAUACUCUUCGAUCCCAAGGAGGCGGCCACCAAGGAUCGGCGGUCCAUUUAUGAGAUCGGGUUAACGGGACUGCAGGAGCUGACCGACUUUAAUCCGGCCUUCAAGGAGUUCCAGCUAACGUUGUUCGAUGAGGCCACAUUGACGCUGGAGCGUUCCGUGGAGCUGCCGGAGAUUAACAAGAUGCUGGACGCGGCCAUUGCAAAGUUUCUGCGCCUUCUUUCGCCGUACCUUCUGCUCCGCCCCGCACACAUGGCCUUCGAAUGGUUGCUGCGACGAUUCCAGGUUCACGAGUAUAACCGUAGCGAAGUUAUGGCCCUGAUUCUGCCCUAUCACGAGACAAUGAUCUUUGUCCAGAUCGUUAAGACCAUGAGGCUCCGGUCAUCGGAUGGCGACUGGUACUGGCUGCGCCCGUUGCAGCGUCCUGGCGUUCCGCUAGCCAAGACUGCUAUUAUUAACAGAGCCGCCAGCAAUCCCGCCUUCCUCGGCUUCAUCUGCCAAAGUACCCAGAAGGCGGUUAAGGAACUGGGUCCUCGAGCCCACCAACUGCAAGCCCAGAUCAACUUCUAUGCCACCGUCGUAGUUGGCGCCCUGCAAACGGCCAAACCACUGCAGGACUGGCACAUCACCACUAUUCUGGAGUCGCUGCUUCGUGGCCUGAUUUCCGAUAAUAUCGACUUUAUGGCGGCCGCCUAUGUGAUCGUUGCUCAGCUUGUUUCCCGCACCAAGCUCAAGAGCAAGGUGUGCAAUGCCCUGCUGGAACGCGUGGCCAACUGCCCGUUUGAGAGGCUUCACAGUGAGUCGCUGCUCCUGCUUGUCUGCAUCUAUGGCAAACAGCAAGCCGCAUUGCCGCACUUUAAGCCGGAAACCAUACUCAAUCUGGUUGGGAAGAAGUGGCUUAUCUCCACUCUGUCCUCCCUGGCCAAAGGCAACAUCGCCAUCCAGUCUAUCUGCAUGCCACUCAUGACCGGAGCCGUGGCCGCCAUUCGGGACGAUGACGCCUCUUCUAACUCAUGCAAACUGUUCUUGGACAACCUGCUGUCAGAGGUGCCAAUGCCAAAGCCGACUGCUCAGCAACUGAUCAAUUGCUUUUUGGAUACUUAUGUAGAGACUGCGAUCGAUGCACCAGAGCCCAUGGAAACUAACUCAAACGAAGAUGACGAUACCAUUGUAAUUGAUUCGGAUGAUGAGAUCGAGACGGAAAAGACCACCUUUCAAGCCUGGUAUUCCACUUACCUCGAGAAGCUGGAGAGACGCUAUCCAGAAGCUUUUGAUCUGAGCGUUAAAGAGGCCUUGAGAUCGAAAUCCUCCACAAGCAAUCGCCAGAAGGCCUUAAAGUUGGCUUUGGGCUUCCGUCUCAACACUACUGAUGAAAAAGCGAAGCACGCCUACGAAAAACUAUACCACUACAGCGCUGACUGGCGACUUAGUGCUGUUCAGAAACUACUCCAGAAUUUGAAUGUGACUAAAAAGCGGGAGAGAAGCGUUAAGCUUCUGCAGGAAUGUCUGCCCGAUAGGAUAAAUGAUGAUAGCGGUGCUGUGGUCUCAACCUUGCUAUCAUUGCCUACCGAAGAGCUCGCCGAGAUGUUGGGUCCGUUGCCUCUGGCUCAAACCCUAUGUCAUCUGCUGUAUCGUGCUCAGUCCGAAAAGGAUGAGGAAUGGCAACCUGUGGUUCCCCUCGCUGUUCGUCACUUGACCUCUGCCUUGGUGAGCGGAAGCUAUGACACAAAUUUGGUGCUAUUAGCGCUGAUGCCGCUUCUCUUCCCUGGCGAAGCAUUAGCUGAACAUCAGCACAAGGCUCUGCGGAUUCUACUUGGCAGUGAUUUUGUCAGUAAAGUUCCGUUCUUGGCAGAACUUAAAGUGAGCAACAAAUUCAGCGACUUUAAUGUCGGUGAGCACCGUCAGCACUUCCUGGACAUCAUAGCGAGCAGCAAUCAGGAACUGAGUAGUCAGGAACGUGCGUUGCUCCAAAGCGUAGAAGAUCAUGGCGGUGAGUUGUACAUUCAGAAAGCCUCCCAGCUGACGCACCUGUUACUCCUGCUAACUGCCUACGCCAAGAGGGAACUACAGCCUCGGGAAAGCCUUCACAUGCUGGAGAAAAUUGGGCUUUAUAGUCGGCGCCUCCAGUUCCGUGUCGUCAAUGGUAGUCAAAACACACAGAAUUGUGCACCUCUACAAUUGUAUGUGGAUUUCCUAUUGACUUUGGUUAAGAACACCAAAUGGACAGCUCUAGCAUCCACUCCUUGGAAUCAGAUGACCGAUGAGCUUCGCCUCUGUCUGCGCCUGCUGGAAAUAAUAUGCGCCCAAGUGUUUUCGGAAAAAGCUGAUCAGCCAGAGCGUCAGGAGUGGACACGAGCCCUGCAGCAAAGUUUGCAACUAAUCCUGCCUGAAGCUCAAGACAGAUUGGAAGUGCUAUCAAACUUCUAUGUGUUCGAGCGACUGCCAGAAUUGUGGCCUCGAGACUCUGACUAUGCCGUGUUCCGGUUGCAAGGGUUUAUUAUUCUAGAAGCGGUGCUGUCCAAUCCGAAAUCCCAAAUAGACUGCGGUCUGGUUCAUGUGCUGCGGGUGGCCAACGCCUGUGGAUCUCCCUUACAAACUCUGCGAGUGCAGGCCAUUAACAUUCUGCAAUUAAUCAGUAAUCGCAAGCUGGUGAGCCAUGUGGAGCAAUUGGUGCGUUCGCUGCUGCAGCGCAAGAGUGAGUUGAGCAUGGAUCAUGAACAAUAUGCCCUGAUUCUAUACACCAUUCUGGAACCAGAGAAGGCAACUGCCAAGGAAAGACUCGUGCUGUCAAAACUGAAACGAUCUGUUUUGGCUUUGGCCUCCGAUCCGAAGCAGUCUCCCAUUUGUACGGCGUCUUUGCUUGCGGCCCUAAAGCACGUCAACGAUGAGAAUUUCUUAAACGAAUUGCUGCCGCUGGGUCUUGACUCCCUGAAGACGAUAACUGCGGGAGAAGACAACCAGAAUAUAAAACAGCUGCCAUGGCCACAUAGCGAAAUCUACAAGUCGGUGAUAGAAAGGUUUGAGGGGCGUGUUGCGCUGAAUGUAUUGCUGCGAAAGGAUCUGGCUUGGAAAUUGUUUGAAGACAGCUUCGCCCAGUAUGACACCUAUGUCCAACUUGAACAGAAGCUACAGCCUCUUCCCUGCGUCCUGCUAAACAGCCUCACGCCGGAGACCUUUGAGCAAAUGCAUGCCAAGCACAAGAUUGCUCUAAUCAAGCUGAUAGUGGAGUCGGCUACCAAUUCGGACAAUGACAGCAUAUUCUUGGCUAGCCAUCGUUUGCUGAAGCGCUGCCGUUUGGAUUGCCAGCCACUCGUACCGAUCCUGUUGGAGAUGGCCAACACCAAGGUGGAGAAGAAACAACCCGUCAAACGACGAUCAGUACAGGCAACCCAACUGGAUCUAACCAGCCCAUACUGGAAGCAGGGAAUGACCCUUCUCGAGCUGUUGGAGCACAAGAAACAGCUGGUUGGAGCGGAGCUGCUGAUCCCACCGCUCUUCGAACUUCUACAGGCCUGUCUUACGAUGGAAGAGCAUAGUGCCGCCGAGUAUCCCAAGCAGCUGAUUCUCUCAAGCUUGCUGCACUGCUGUCAGACGGCACAGUCGGCCGGUGUGCAGCUCGUUAAGGCUAUGCCUGAAUCUAGCUUCCGCAUCGAGCUGGUGGUGCAAUCCUUGAGGAAUACCCGAAAUCCGCAGACCCAGCAGCAUGCGCUGCUUUUCCUGACUCACUGUGCUGGCAUGUAUCCGCAACAAGUUCUACACAAGAUCGUUGAAAUCUUUACGUUCGUUGGAUCCACGGUGGCGCGACACGACGAUGCCUUCAGCCUGCAUAUAAUUCACAAUGUGGUGGAGUCGAUUAUACCCAUUCUGCUUCUGAAUACCGGACAUAAUGAGCUGGUUAUACCCGUGCUUAAGGUGUUCGCUGAUAUUUGCACGGACGUGCCGGUCCAUCGGAGAUUGCCAUUGUAUGCUACCCUGUUCCGAGUUCUGGAGCCCAAGGAGCACCUUUGGCAGUUCUUGUGCAUUAUCUUUGAGUCUCAAGUGCUUCUGGAGCAAGUUCCACAAAAAGUGUCCACAGACAAGUCGCGGCUGGACUUUGCCCGUGAACUGACGUUGAUGUUCGAAGAUCCGACGGUCGCAAUUCAGACGUGCAUCCGUCUAUUGGAUUACUUGGCCAAGUUGCCGGCAACCAAAAGCAGUCUUUCGGGUGGAUCAGGCUCCUCUGUGCUAAGCACGGAACAACAGCUCUUUGAUGUUCGGACACGGACGUUCAAGCAACUGCGGCACUACAAGUACCUCAUCAUGGACUUCCUUUCUGGAAUUAGCAGCUGCAACGAAUGGGAGAAGAAGAUGAAGCGUCCUGAUCCCAACGAGCUACUUCCGUAUUAUCAGGAAUUCAUCCUAAAGACACUCGCGUAUGUGGGCGUACUUAAUGGAGCAUUGGAAGCAGCCUCCGAAACGCCUUCUCUGGAAAAGUUCUGGCGCGUGCUAGCUAACCAUGCACACGAUGUCUUGGAUAACGCCAUCGGUCUUUUGGCACCGCAACAUUUCAUCAGUGUGAUAACCGAGCUACUGAAGCAUGAUCAUGUGUAUGUGCGCAUUAAGGUGAUGGACUUGUUGGUGACCAAGCUAAGUCCGUCGAGCGAUUACUUCCAGCAAUCCAACGCUGAACACUUUGGAGUGCUUUUCGCUCCUUUGCAAGAGAUUAUCAACGGAAUCCUCGAGGGCAGUUCCAACAGUGCGCAGCAGGCGAAGCUUCAACAGACUGCGUUGCAUGCCCUACAGUUGUUGGCCCUCCGUCACGGACGCGACUACAUCGAGGAGUGUCGCUCUCUUCUGGCCACCUUGACCAAGAUCACCAAACGACGUGCGAACGUGCCCAAGGCGGUAGUGGGCAAUGUGGUGCUGACCCUCGUCGAAAUUUGCGCAAGUCUUAAGGCCCAUGCCUUGGCCCAAUUGCCCAAGUUCGCUCCCCAACUUACUGAGUUACUGAAGGAACAGGUUCACCAAAUGGCCUCCCUCAAACAAGGACCAGAUUACGUCUGUUCCACCCUUGUCACAGCACUCCACAAGCUCUUCAAGGCGUUGCCGCUUUUCUUGGGACCCUACUUGGUGGACAUUAUCGGAGGCUUGGCGCGCCUUUCAGUGCAAUUGGAAAAUCCACAGCUGCUGCAGGAUAAGCGCACACAGGUGCUUAAGCAGAAACUUGCGGACGUUUGGAGUGCAGUUGCCCAGGGCGUCGAGGUGCGCAUUCUUGUGCCCAGUUGCGCCAAGGCGUUCUCCAGUCUAUUAGAGCAGCAAGCGUACGACGAGCUAGGACAUCUAAUGCAGCAGCUGUUGCUGCAGAGCGUCCGACACAAUUCAGCCGCUCAAUUGCAACCGGUUCAGGAUCCCCUAAGCGAGCUCUUCCUGCAAGCACUCAACUUCCGGCUGCAAGUGCGUGGACUUGGUUUGCAGAGGCAAUUGGUUUCGGAUGUAGAGGCUUCCAUAACCGAGACCUUUGUGACGUGGAUCCUAAAGUUGUCAGAGACCAGUUUCCGUCCCAUGUACUCUCGGGUACAUAAGUGGGCACUGGAGAGUACCUCUCGGGAAACGCGUCUCACCUACUUCCUGCUGACCAACCGGAUCGCCGAAGCUCUAAAAUCUUUGUUCGUGCUAUUUGCCAGCGAUUUCGUGGAAGACUCUUCGCGCUUGCUGACGGAGCACAACUCAAUCCGUCCCGAGUUCGAAGUCGAAGAAAGGGAAGAUGAUGUGGACCUGUUAAUGGCAAUACUGAACACUCUGCAUCAUGUGUUCUUGUACUGCAGCGAGGACUUCAUUAAUGACCACCGCUUCAACGUGUUAAUGCCACCGCUGGUCAACCAAUUAGAAAACGACCUGGUAUUGGGAAAUGAGUCGCUUCAGCAAGUUCUCAGUAACUGCAUUGCCCAGUUUGCGGUGGCCACCAACGAUGUGAUGUGGAAGCAGCUCAACAGCCAAGUGCUCCUAAAGACACGCACAUCCAAUCCCGAAGUGCGGAUUCUGGCAUUCAACAGUUGUGUGGCUAUCGCGCGCAAACUGGGUGAAAGCUAUGCCGCCCUGUUGCCAGAGACAGUUCCAUUCAUCGCUGAGCUCCUGGAGGACGAGCAUCAACGUGUGGAGAAGAACACCCGGACUGGAGUGCAGGAGCUAGAAACUAUUUUAGGCGAGUCUGUGCAAAAGUAUCUAUAAUUAUGGGAGAAGACUUCUCCAAAUGUAAAAGUUAUGUACUCUAAUACUGUCAUAAAGGAAUCUAUUAUUACAUUUUU